CUACUUAAAGCUGAUCGCAGCACACGCAUCUGCACAUCAUCAUUCCCACUUCACACGCACACAGAUUCACCUCCUGAGAGACAAUCACUCAAGACCAAAGAUGACAAAAAUUAAUUCAUGCCUCAAAUGUAUCUUCAUCUUCUUCAAUGUGCUGUUUGCAAUCUUUGGAUGUCUGCUCAUGUAUGGAACGCUCAAGGUCACUGUUCAAAGCCAACAGCUGUCUGCGUUCGGGGCUCCCAACCUGGGUUGGAGCUGGGUGUUUGCCAUCGGCGUUCUCGGCGUCUCCAGUCUGGGCAUCUACGCAGCCUGCUCUGAGAAACCGGUCGUCCUCAAAAUAUUUGCAGGCUUCAUGGGGGUGGGCAUGGUCAUCAUGCUGAUCUUUGGCUUCAUUCUUGCUGUGGCAAAUAACAAGUUGGAAGACAUCUUUAAGACCUCGGAUGUGACAAAGCAGUUAAUGCAGAAUGAGGAUUUCAGAGGGAUGCUGCAAAACCUACAGCAAACUAACCAGUGCUGUGGAUUAGAGAAUGCUGAAGACUGGGGAAGCGACAUCCCCGAUUCCUGUAGCUGCCGGGGUUAUAGCGGAUGCACAGCUCGUCCUCUGGAAACCUCAGGUCCAAGCAGCAUCUAUAAAAAGCCCUGCAGCGAUAUCAUCAUACACUGGGUGAACAUCGCCUUUCAGAUUUCAAUGGGCAUCUUCUUUACCUUUGCAGUGACUGCGCUGCUGGGGCUGCUCAUCUCCCUCCUGAUGGUCCAUCAGGUCAAACGCUAUGACAACAUAGGAGCAACGACCAUUGCCAUGAGGGGCUACUGAAGUGGACAAGCUCUCCAACAGGGGGUCUUAGGUCAAAGGGGGGGGUCAAUGUCUCUAUCUACUUUCUUUUAAACUUUUUACUUAAGAAAAUAUCUCUGAAUAGCUUAACAAUAUUUUUUUUUAUUACGUGUUAUCAUUUGACUUAAUAACACCCUAGUGUGAUAGUCUUACGUAAAGGAAUGUAUAGAAAGGUUUGAACCCAUUUCUGUAUCUGAGCACAGCUCUAUUAACCAAAGAUGAUGAUGGCGGCUCCUACGCUGGCACAGCCAGUUCAUUCCAGGGCAGUGGAUACUCUACUUGAAGAGUGAAGGUGGAUAGUGCAGAACAGAUCCAUCAAGGGAGUGCUACUAUGGCAUUUUCAAAUUUCUUUUGUUUACUAUAAAGCAAGCAUCACUGGGGGAAGAGUAAUCCCAGCUACAGUACACCUGAAGCAGUGAGAUUAAAAAUUAAAAUAGAGGGAUGUCUAAGUUGUAUCAUUACUGUUACAACUCUUAUUGUAUCAUUACAGGUAUUAAUGUAAAAAGAAGCUUGUGAUGUGGAAUGCUACUUUUUUAAGGAUGAGGCCACUAAAAUGUAGAAACCCAAUAACUCAGGUUAGGUUGUUGAAUGUCUAAACAGCAGUGAACACGCUGCCAUCAAAAAAGCCCAGGUUUCACAUGUAGGACGUGAAUAACAUGAGAAACUGUUUUCUUUGUUCAUCUGCUUACAUAUAAUUUUGUAAUAAAGGUUUACAAUAAACCUC